UACAACGGCAAACGAAAAGUGACCUGGAAACUUGUUUCUCAGUUGCAAGUUUGAUUAUCUCGCAUCAACAACACAAAUUGCUCAUUGAAAAUUAUACUCAUCGAACUUGUAAUUUACCUGUAAGUCAAUUGGUAGCAAGUAGAUCACUUUUUUUACCGCUCUCGCCCUUGGCUCUAUGGAUGUGCUAAGGUUACGAUAGUAAAGUUAUUAAAUUAUUAAUCAAUGUGCUAAGAUUUUCGAUCUGUUUUUUUUGAUAAAUUUUCGUGAAGUUUUUUUUCUUUCCUCCCUGUGACCAUUUUUGGAAGUGAUUUAUAUGUUAUGGAAGUCGAACUUGAUCGUCGAUGUCCAUCUAAUCUAAUUCCCGAGUGGACAGAUAAACAUCUAUCCGCCGAUAUGCAUUCACUUAAUAUUCAACAAUCAAUUAAUUGUUUAACCGGUGCUGCGGUUCUACACCAUCACCAUCAUCAUCAUCAUCAAAUCCAUCGAAAUGGUAGAACUUAUUUAACCGAUAAUCGAAAUGACUCUUCAUACUUUGACCAUUCAUCGUCAGGAGGGUCAAAUGGUACUUCGUCCAAUGGUAACUCACAACAUUCCCAUUCGAUUCAUCCUCAUCACCAUUCUGCUCACCAUGGACAGAAUUCUCAUUCUCACCAUCCUCAUCAUCCUCAUCAUCCUCAUGUUCCUCAUCCUCAUCACCCUUCAUCAUUAAUGUUUGGACAUCAUUCACCAUUCUCAUCAAUACCUCCCCCUCCACCUCCACCAUCAACCUCAAGUCCAGGACUUAGUUCAUCAUCAUCACCACCCUCAUCAAACUCCCCCAACAGUUUCCGUGUCCCUGGAGGUGGCCUUAAUCAGCCUCAUUCUCACUCUCAUCCUCAUCAUUCAUCAUUCCACCAUAACCUAACCUCAUCAUCUUCAUCCCCUUCCUCCAUGGCCUCAUCUUCAAGUCCAACCUCAUCCCUUGUAAACGGAAAUAAUUACACCAAUCUACUUGUACCAUCAACUGAUACCAUGUGGGAAGAUAUCUCAGCAAGUAUAUGUAAUGAUUUCCCUGUUGAAGUGAAAAGUGAAACCGAUAAUAUGAAUCAUGAUCAACACCAUAAUCAUCAUCAUCAUUUAUUAACAACAGCAACCAAUCAGCAUCAAUACUCAUUCCGUUCAAAUCUCUCAGUCCCACUAAUCCCAAGUCCUCCAUCAUCAUCAACCUCAUCAACCUCAUCCUUUAUCACUGCAACAAACAACAAUAACAAUGGUUCAUCAUUUACCACCACCACAAAUAGUAAUAAUAAUAACAGUAAUUCCAAUACCAAUUCAAAUUCUAAUGUUCAAAAUUUAAAUGGACGACAUCCCAACGGAAAUAUUAAUUCAUCGAGUGACAAUUCUAGUGGAUCAAUAUUUGGUAAUCAUGGGUCAAAGGGUAAUUAUCAUCCAUCGUCAACCACAACAACCUCAUCAUCUUCAUCAUCAUCUUCAACUUCAUCGACAAGUAUGUUAUCACCUUUACAUGGACACAACCGAAUGUUACUCUACAUGCCACCCACUCCACCCAAUUCCGAGCCCGGUUCACCUUCCAAUCAACUUCACUUGGCCAAUCAUGGGAACACUGGACAUCACUCACAACAACAACAACAACAACAACAGCAACAAUUAAAUACUCAAAGAUGUGUAACACCAAACGGUGGCUCAUCUACAUCCGCCGCUGCCCCACCUCCACCUCCACCUUAUAAUCCGGCAUCAGGACACCCGAUGAACGGACCAAUUGCAGGUUCUUCAGUACCUGGUCAUCCUCAUCUCUUAUCCGGUCAUCCUCAUCAUCCAAUGCACACAUCAUUAUGUACAACAUUGGGAACAUCAUCAUCAUCCUCAACAACAUCCUCAUCUUCAUCUUCAUCACCAUCAACAACAAAUAGUCAUGGUUUAAUGGGUCAUACAAUGAAUCCAGGUAUUGGUGACGGACUGACCACAAUAAAUAAUAAUAAUAAUAAUAAUAAUAGUACAUCAACAAACACGGGUUCAAUUAUUUCACAUCAUCAUAAUCAUCACUCAAUGAAUCACCAUCAUCCUCAUCAUCAUAAUCAUCAUCCCUCAAGUAGAUCUACAUCUUCAUCGACAACAACACUCACAUCAUCAUCAUCAUCUUCUUCUUCACUGACUUCAGGUCAGUUAAUUCUUGGCACACAAAAAUAUAAUCGACGAAAUAAUCCCGAGCUUGAGAAGCGACGUAUUCAUCAUUGUGAUUAUCAAGGUUGCACCAAAGUGUACACAAAGAGUUCCCACCUUAAGGCUCACCAGAGGAUCCACACAGGUGAGAAACCCUACAAAUGUACCUGGUUGGAGUGCCAAUGGCGAUUCGCUCGUUCCGAUGAGCUUACCCGACAUUAUCGUAAGCACACUGGAGCGAAACCUUUCAAGUGUAAAGUUUGCGAACGAUCGUUCGCACGUUCAGACCAUCUAGCACUUCACAUGAAACGCCAUUUACCCAAGAAUCAUAAAUAAUCGCCUUCACUAUCAUCCUCUUCAUCAUCACCAUCAUCAUCAUCACACUUUUUGCACGUCAACACGUAAAAGACAAUCCAACAGAGUUUUUUUUCCUUGUCCCCUGUAGUAGCUCAAUGAACAUUUCCAUUGGAAAAAUCUUCUCACAAACUUCAGAGAUUCAGCUUUGACCUGAGUGAAUUCAUUUUCCAGCCUGAAACUCCCGAUUAUUCAAUUGGAAUCAUCUUCAACAGGAUAGAUACACCGAGAGAGCGAGAAAGACUGAUAAUGAUAAUUAUAAGAAAAUGUUUAUCAUCAUCACCAUCGUUUUCAUAUAAUCAUUAAUUUCAUGCUCAUCAAUUAAUCCUAAAGUGAGAUUAAUGAACACAAAAAAAAAGAUAUUAAAUAAAAAAAAAACAAAUUCUGCUAACAGAGAUUCCAAUUCAUUCAGAAUUAUAUCAUGACCACCUACAUGUAAAUAUAUAUUAAUAACUUACACCAACUCACAUCAUCAACAAUCAGAAGCCAAGCUUGUCAAUUAAAUGAUUAUUUCAAUUAAAAUUAAUCAUAAUUAUCAUGAUA